GCUCUGUUUGGAGUGUCAACAUACUUUGACUGGGUAUUAUUUCAAUUUCAAAUGUGUGUAGCCGAAAGCUAUUAUUCUUCUUAAGUAACAAAAUUUAGUUUUUGGUCACUUAAUUGGCACAAAAAUCCCGCAAAAUGUCGCAGCAAAUGACGACCGUAACAGAUGUUAAUAAUAUUGACCAACUCAUCCUACGAAUUAUCGAUACACGACGUCUGAAGCAGCUCAAUCUGACAGAGACAGACAUCCGGCUGCUUUGUAACCGUUCGAGGGAAGUUUUCAUGUCCCAGCCAAUGCUUCUUGAACUCUCGGCGCCCGUCAAGAUUUGCGGCGAUAUACACGGGCAAUUCACGGAUCUUCUGCGCCUUUUUGACUAUGGAGGAUAUCCGCCUGCCUCCAAUUACUUGUUCCUUGGCGAUUACGUGGACCGAGGCAAGCAAUCUAUCGAGACAAUGUGCCUUUUACUUGCUUAUAAGAUAAAGUAUCCGGAAAAUUUUUUUUUACUACGCGGAAACCAUGAAUCUGCCGGAAUUAACCGUAUAUAUGGAUUUUACGAUGAAUGUAAACGUCGGUAUACAAUCAAGCUUUGGCGUACAUUUGUCGACUGCUACAGCUGUAUGCCUGUUUCGGCCAUUGUAGAUGAAAAAAUUUUUUGCUGCCAUGGUGGACUUAGUCCUGAUCUUCUGAAUAUGAACCAAAUUGGACAACUGGCAAGACCUUGUGAUGUUCCUGAUAAAGGACUACUUUGCGACCUUUUAUGGUCGGACCCAGAUCCAAAGAUUAUGGGCUGGAGCGAUAAUGAUCGAGGUGUGAGCGUGACUUUUGGUGCAGAUAUUGUGGGAAAGUUCGUGCAUCGCCACAAGUUCGACCUCAUUUGUCGCGCUCAUCAGCACCGAAUUACUGUGGUGAAUUUGACAACGCGGGCGCUAUGAUGUCUGUGGAUGAGACUCUUAUGUGCUCUUUUUACGUUCUUAAGCCAUCUAAGAAGCCUGGCUUACGUAAAAUUCACUCUAAGAGCUGAUGUGGGAUCAAACGAAUUUACUAUUGGAAACGAUCUACGAUUUCAGUAACGAUAAUAUUUGGACUGAGCUUAUUUUUUGUGCUCCUCUUUGUUUAGAUGUAAAGGUGUUUGUAUGAGCUGCGUGACAUAAAAAUUAGACGUUUUUUCUUAUUGGCGAAAUUUUUGAAAA